CGUCUGGGUGCUCUUCCGGGAAAAACCCCCCAAAGAAAGGAGCUUGAACAUGAGCUGCGGUGGAGCGGGGACCAAGCACCACCGCCGGUUAUGAAUCCCACGACGGAGCCUCCACUGCCGCCACAGCUCCAGCCGCCGCAGCCCCCGCAGCCGCCGCGCUCCUCCACCUCCUGCGACCGCCACCCCGACGAGCGCUUCACCGGCUUCUGCCCCUUAUGCCUCUGCGAGCGCCUCGCCGUCCUGGACCCCUCCUCCUCCUCCGCCCCCGCCGCCCCCGCCCCCGGCCCGGCCCCGGCCGCCUCCUCCUCCUCCUCCUCCUCCCGCAAGCCCCCUUCCUCCUCCUCCGCCGCCGCCUCGGCCCUUAAGGCCAUCUUCAAGCCCGGCUCCAGCUCCUCCAACUCCUCCAAGCCCCCGGCCCCGGCGGCGUCCGCCUCGGCCUUCCUGCCGGAGCUCCGGCGCACGAAGUCGUUCUCGGCGUCCAAGAACGAGGGUUUCUUCUCCGGCAUUUUCGAGCCGCAGAGGAAGUCCUGCGACGUCAGGGUGCGGAACACGCUCUGGUCGCUGUUCAGCCUCGACGACGAGCGGAACCCGUCGUCGAAGCGGGACUCCACCCGGAGCAGCAACUCCGAGGGCGUCCAGGCCAAGAGCCUGGGAUCGGCGGGCGUGGUUCGGGGUCCGGUUCUCGAGUCCAAAGAAGAGGACGCGGAAGCGGGAAGCGAUUAUCAGCAGAGCAAGGAAUACACCGUGCAGAAGGACGAAGAGGAAGAGGAAGACGACGAGAUUAGGGCUUGGGAAGAGCCCAAUGUAGCAGCACCUGUUGUUGUCGAAAACAGAGUGCAGGAGAUUGUUGAAGAAGAAGAAGAAGAAGAGGAGGAAGAAGUAGAAAUUGAAGAAAUAGCUGAGCCAGAGCUCGAAGUAGUGCCGGAAGAAGAGGUGAAGACGAUGAAAGAUCACAUAGAUCUCGAUUCUCAAGCUAAGAAAUCUUCCGGGAGAGACUUCAAGGAGAUUGCGGGUAGCUUCUGGUCUGCUGCUUCGGUCUUCAGCAAGAAAUGGCAGAAUUGGAGGCGGAAGCAGAAGAUGAAGAAGCGAGACAAUGGAAGUGGCUCCGCCACAUUGCCCGUGGAGAAGCCCAUCGGCCGCCAAUUCCGAGAAACCCAGUCCGAGAUCGCCGAUUAUGGGUUCGGCCGGAGAUCCUGCGACACCGACCCCAGGUUCUCGCUCGACGCCGCCCGGAUUUCCUUUGACGCCGCGCGGAUGUCCUUCGACGACCCGAGAUACUCAUUCGACGAGCCGAGGGCCUCAUGGGAUGGGCACUUGAUUGGGAGGUCGUUCCCGCGGAUGCCCACGAUGGUAUCCGUCGUGGAGGACUCUCCAGUUCACGUCUCGAGGACCGAUACCCAGAUUCCGGUGGAGGAGCCAAUGAAUUGCAUCAAUGAGGAGGCGUCCCUCCCUGGUGGAUCGGCACAAACCCGCGAUUACUACUUGGACUCGUCUUCUCGGAGGAGAAAGAGCCUCGACCGGUCGAAUUCCAUCAGGAAGACGGCGGCCGCAGUGGUGGCGGAGAUCGAUGAAUUGAAGUCUGGUAAGAAUGCGAAAGUCUCCCCUGCUACUGCUGAUUACUUCCAAGGGAGCAAACCGAUUGUCGGGGAUCGAGAGUCGAGGGAGUCAAUCUCCAAUUCGAACUCGCUGAGAGACGAUUGCUCGGACAUGUUCGAUCUUGCAUUUAGGGACAAUGCGGCCAGUGUGAACAAUGGCGACCCAAAGGGGUUGAAGAAAUCGAGGAGAUGGGGCAAGGGUUGGAGCAUUUGGGGGUUUAUACAUAGGAGAGGAGGGAACAAGGAUGAGAACGACGAUAGGUACAGCAGAUCGAACGGGGUCGAGAGGUCGUUCUCCGAGUCGUGGCCGGAGCUGCGAGGCGAGCAUAACGGGGACUUACGGGGCGGCUUCAAUCGGAAGGUGUUUAGGAGCAAUAGCAGUGUGAGCUGCAGGAACUCGUCCUACAACCAUCUUGUUGGCGGAUCUUUCGGGAGCAUCAGAAAGAGCGUGUUCGAGACGAACGGACAGAACGGCAAGAAGAAGCGGGACGAGUUCGUCCUGGAGCGGAAUCGCAGCGCUAGGUACUCGCCCAACAACCUCGAUAACGGGCUGUUGAGGUUUUACUUGACUCCGAUGCGGGGUAGCCGGAGGAGCGGAUCCGGGAAGAGCAGGGCUAAUCAGGCCCAAUCCAUUGCAAGAAGCGUUCUGAGAUUGUACUGAAUUGAGCUGGGGAAAACGAAAAGAUGGUCUCUCCAUAAGGCGUUCCUUUUUUGGUUAGUGGUGUUAAAUUUUUGCUUCAUUUGUUGUGUAAACCUCACCCUCCAACAACACAUGCCUGAGCUCUAUGUCUUGUUCUUGGUGGUUGGUUUAAGGUAAAGGAAGAGAAACAAGAAAGCACCCUAAAGAUUGUUGCUUUUCUAUUCCUGUGAUCAGCAUGCUUCUUUCAGUUGAAUAAUCAAAAUUUUUAGUCUUCUCUCUUGAA